AUGUUAAUACUAUGUCUUUAUGACACUGAUAGAUUAACAGAGGACGAUAAUGGUAGACAGUUGUUGAAGGAAUUUUCCCAUCAUCGCCAAAAUGCACCUGUUCAAAGUAAUCAUGAUGAGGCUGAAGGUGAAUUCGAAGAUUCAACUUCAGCCAGAAUUUUGCUCUCUUACUUGAAGAGAGCAGUCAGAGAGGAUGUGUGUAUUCUUCAUUCAAUAAAUAGUCGAGAAUUGGAAGAAAAUUGUGGAACGCUUCAAAUUGCCAAGGAUGAGAUAAACAUAAAUGCCUCUGAUCAUGCAAUCAAAUAUAUUGAUAGCACUACAAUGAUCGGAGAUCAGGAAAAAUCUUUUGAUGACUUGCCCUGCAAUUUCAUGUUACCCGAGCCAAUAACGAGUCCAUUAAAUGAGGAUAUGUUAUUCAUGCGUGUAUCCUCCUCCACAGACGCGCUGAAUAAAGUCAAAACUGCUUCUGCCCCCAGUUAUUGUCCGAACUCCGAUUCUUCAAUAAUCAGCAUGGCAUCAAGCAGCGGUCAGAAUGGAAUUCAACUCUUAUUAGCUGCUGAGCAAGAAGCUCAACAUAUUGUCAAUGCUGCUAGAACUGCAAAACAAGCUAGACUGAAGCAGGCAAAAGAAGAGGCUGAGAAGGAGAUUGCUGAAUUCCGCGCUCAAAUGGAAGCUGACUUUCAGAGGAAGGUGGCAGAGAGUAGUGGAGACUCGGGUGCUAACGUGAAGCGCCUCGAACGAGAAACCGAUGCAAAGAUCCAACAUCUGAAGACAGAGGCUUCAAGAAUUUCCCAUGACGUUGUCCAAAUGCUUCUGAGGCACGUGACAACUGUAAAGAACUAA